AUGAGGCCAACAGAUCUAGGUUUUAGGAGCCCAAAGGAAAGAACUCCAGACUUUUAUAAUCCACAAGUAACCUGUGAUGGUAGAUCUUUAUCAACAACUCCUACAAAAGGUCAUCAAGAUUUUCCUAUAAGCAAACGGUUUAUGCAAUAUGAAGUGGAAGCAAGACGAACUGGCUUCAGAGUUGGGCCAGGAGCAUAUGAUGCUAAUUACAAUACAAUAGGAAGGCUUAAAGUAAAAAACACACCUGUAUAUAAACAACUUCAUGCAGCAAAAGAUACCUCGAAUAAUGGAUACUAUUAUAUUGGAAAUCAUAUUGUUUUUGAUCCCAGAUUUGUGUCAAAAAAUAAGCAGCCAAGCAUUGUGGACCCAAAUUGAAAAGUGGACAUAAAUGCUGUCUUAACAGAGUAUUCAAGUCGACCUACAACUGCUUCUACACAUGAACGAAAAGAAAAAGAUAUAUCUCCUUAUACAACAAAAUCUUCGCCUUGAUUUAUGAAGGAUGGGUUAACAACUCCGACUCCAAGAAGAGAACUAAUUGACAACUCUUCAGAAGAAAAAUCAAGACCUAGGUCAGCAAGAAAAAUAAGACCGAAAUCCCCGUAUUUAAACUCAUCAACACAAAGCAGCUCUAAAAAGGAGAAUAGAAACGGCGUAAGAGACUUUAUUUUAUAA